AUGAAAAUAACUGCACAGGACAGUAGCACACAGAAAAUAGAAGAAGAGGGCGUGGUCAUAGAAGGGAAUGCCUUUUACAACCCCGCACAGAAGUUCAACCGGUCGCUGACCAUAAAAAUAAUAAAUCAUUUCAUGAAAGUGCGCUCAAAAGAUGGAAUCGUCUUGCUGGAGUGCAUGUCUGCAACUGGUCUCCGAGGAAUACGAUACAUACGAGAGCUAGCUGGGCAUAACACAAUAGUGAUGAACGACAUCUCAAAGGAUGCAUGCUCUGCGAUUGUGAAGAAUUGCAGUAAAAAUGGAAUAUCUGCUGAGAUAGAUCGAAUAACAGAAACAGAAAAAGUAUCGGUGGAGGUGAAGAAUGAAGACUGCAGGUCCCUGAUGCUCAGUAGAAAGAAGGCCUUUGAUGUGAUAGACAUAGAUCCAUUUGGAACGUGCGCACCUUUCAUCGAAACAGCCAUUGAAGGCCUGGCUGAUAACGGCUUGCUGUGUGUUACUUCCACUGAUACAAAAGUUCUGUGCGAUAAGCCCCCCGAGGCUUGCUACAAAUACUACGGCUCUGUUUCCAUGAACAACUCGUAUUCGCACGAGAUAGCCAUUCGAAUUGUGCUUUCGUAUAUCUCCAGAAUAGCUGCUAAAUCAGGCAAGCGGAUUAAGCCUCUUGUCAGUCUUUCAAUGGACUUUUUUAUCCGUGUAUUUGUUCAGGUUAUUCACGAUAAACAGGAGUCUACCCCUUCUCUGCUCUGCAAUAAACAGUAUCUCCUGUGCAGCUGUUUGAACAGACAGGAGAUCGCAGUUCUUCGCAAAGAAAACGGAAAAAACGUGUAUCGGCACACAAAGAUGCCUGACACAACAGAGUGCGCACUGUGCGGUAGGACGUAUGGCCUGUAUGGGCCGUUCUGGUCAGGCCCAAUGCACUGUCCUGUGUUUCUAGAGGGCGUAAUACAGGGAAUAGACAAAGCGUACAUUGAAAGCAAAACGGGAGGAGAUAAGAUGACAGCCCACACAACAGAACAGAUAAACAGAAGAAUCCACGGAAUGCUAACAAUGGCAAAAGAGGAGAUGGACAGUGUUUUCUACUACUCAGUGCCGUAUGUCUCUUCUGUGCUCUCUUUCCCUGUUCCUCCAAUGCCCGCUCUUAUUUCUUUUUUGGAGGGAAAUGGAAUAAAAUCAUCUCUUACACACUGCAAGCCAAACAGCAUAAAAAUGAAGGGAAGGGUGGAGUAUAUUUACAUUGCAGUGAUACUGUACUACAGAAAUAUAAAGCCAGAGAUAUACUCGAUAUACAACGAAAGGCUUAUCGGAGCAAGAAAGGAUGUAGACAAAAACACUCACAAUCUAAUGGUGUACUUAGACAGGUACAUUGAAGAGAACACAAUCGUAAGUGAUUUCACAGUCACAGCAGCAGCAGCUGAAAUGACAGCAAGAAAGCAUCUAAAGUUUCAAGACAAAAGCGGCUUAGGAUGGGGCCCUAUGAAGAGAUAG